AUGGUGGUACAACUAGUAUUACUACUACUGAAUGGUUUGUAUCAUCGUGGCAAGCUCUCCUCCAGUGCUGAUGGAGUGAACUGUAUGAGACUGGAAAGGACAUCAAUACUCAUCAAAGAGAACCGAGAUGAAAAUAACACCAGUGGAUUUCUCAACUGUCAUGCUUACAACAUAACUAUAGCACGGUGCCAUCCUAAACAAACUUGGCCCAAAUGCUAAGUAUUAUGAGUUGACUAAUGUGUGUAAAUAAUAGGUCAAAAUAUUUUAUUUCCUGGGAGAUAUACGUCCCCAUUUCCAGCAUUUUUUGUACAAUUAAUAAGCGAACUUUGCCUUGCUGCUGUGUCAAACGGAAAAGCCACCUGCAAAUUCAAUCCACAAUGUUGUGUUAUAUAUCUAUCAGACCUCAAGAACAUUGAACUGUUUGAACUUGUCCGUCUCAUUCAUUUGAUUACCUUUACCUAAAGAAAAGAAGAUGUCUCCUUGUUUUGACAAAGUCCAAAAAUAAGGAUAUUUUAAGGCCCAACAUCUCCAUUAAGCGACCACCUAUGAUCAUAACUCCAACAUGUCCAUCAAAUCAAAUAACAAUUUGCCUGCCUUUGAUGUAUUCUGUGACCAAACAAUAG